UAAAAGCACUUGCAGGAUUUCAAAAGGCCCUUGUUAAACCUAGGCCAAAAAAAGCUGGAGCUGUGAGCUGUGCCUGUGGUUUGCUCCCUGACAACUCCAUUUGUGCAUCUUUUGUGGUCUUGUGGCACUGAACAAAAAUAAUCUUUAUGAUCUUGUCUGUGGUGGCCUGAGCUACGUGAGAGGCGCCUUUCCUCCCAGUCUCUGCUGAAACAGAGAACUUCUCCCAGCAGCAAAACUCUGGUGAUCAACGGACAAAAGUCAAUGAGCAACGGAGACAGCAGCACCUUCUUUUCCUCCUACACCUUCCGAGAUCUCAAGAUGCUUUUUUUUGUGUUUCCCUCCACCACUUUCCAGACAGAGCCCACAGGUGGUGCCUGAGGUCCAUCAUCGUACACCUAUCAGACAACUAUUCCACAGCGAUGGUCCCUCUCCAAUAUCCAUCCAGCCACAGAUUUGGAGUUGAGUGCCUGCACAAACCUACCAAAAUCUUACCCCUUUCUACUGACCUCAGCUGUAGUGAAACAGCUCUGGAGUCAGCAGCUCUGAUGUGUCAAACCACUUCCUACUCGCGAUGGCACGCUCCGCCACGCCGAGCAUGAAGCUUGAUUUCCUGGAUAAAAGCUACUAAUACCUGAACAGAAAGCAGCCUUUAUUCUCUCCCGUGGAGCCAGACAGCAAAACAACUAUUUUCUGACCAAAGUCCUCCCUGCACACAUGGGGUGAUGCUCCCCACUGCUCUAACCAUGCAGUGACUGGCUCCUCAGCUUGGUUGGCAGCAGCUCAUCGCUUCUGAGGAACUUCACCGUCCUCAGCGGUGCAGGGAAGAGAUGUGGACAAGCCCCAUGGAGCUCAAGUGCCUUUUGAUGUGGCUCUUGUUUGGAUUCAUCAAGGGGAACAAGCGAGAAGGUUGCCCAGAUCCUCCAAGGAUUGAAUUUGCUGAUGUUACUGCUGAAAUGUAUGUCCCAGGGACCAAGAUGUACUAUGUAUGUGACAGUGGCUAUGACAGAAAAAGUGGCCAUCACCCAGGAAUUCAGUGUAACAGUGGACAGCAGGGUGCCUUUUGGGACUACAGUGGAUUUGAAUGCAUUGAUAAGAACACUCUGCUGUCAACGGGUCCCCCGGCUGAGUUACAUUUUAAACAGAAACCAGAGAGUAAAGCACAAAGCCCUGCACCCCAGAAGCAAGAAAACUUUUCAGAGUUUGAUCAGAAAGAUUUUUGUGGUCCCCCCAAGACUGUUCCACAUGCCUCCAUAAGAGUGAAGAAACCCUAUUACAUGGGACAAGUGCUACAUUUCAAAUGCCAGAGUGGUUAUGAUAAGCGACCCCCCACCUCUGGCACCAGCAUGUGCGAGAACAUGAACGGCAACAUCACCUGGACCCCCCUGGACGUGAGAUGUACCAACAACAGCAACACGUGGCCACCACAGAAUGCUGAGCCAGGUUUGGCUCAUCCAUCCCUUUCCUCCUCAGUGACACUGCCAGUGACAGCUAUCUGUUUUGUCCUACUUGUCAUUCUUGCUGUCUUUGUGUGACUCGCCAAGCAGACAACACGGGAAGACUUCUCAGGGAAUUGGGGUAUUCAGAUGCAAACUUGUGAAGUUGAUGACUUGUCACAGAAGAAAACAGGUUGGUGCAGCAACUCCAAGACCACCAGUGGCAAAAGAGGAGGAAACCUGGACACUCAAAUCCAGUGUGUGAAGGAGGCAGAAAAUAUUGCAGCUUAAUUCUUGUGGGGAUAGAGUGACUUUCCACCUACAGAGUACUGGUCAAAGGAGUGCAACCCAUCACUGACAGAUGGGGAAAGACCCCUGCCUGAAACUGCUUCCCAAAAACACUUCUCCCUGUCCUGGCAUAUAGCAGAUGCAUUGGUAAUAUAACUGCAGCCCCUCCCAAGCGACCAGGAGUACAUAUGGGCCACUUGACCAACUGUGUUAGAUGGUGGCACUCUCAUUUCAGCCCACACAACACCUUCCCCACAAACAGGCCUGCUUUGCUAGUCACCUGAUGUCCCCUCCACUCCCUUCCCUACUCAGAUGGGUCAAAUGCAGUCACACUUUUCUCCUUCUCAAACUGUUCCUCUCGGAAAUUAAACCCAUUUACCCCCCUGCACACAGGCUGAAAAUCUGACUGGAUUCACUUAUAGUUCACUAUAUACAUGCAUUCAUCAUCAUCCCCCUCUUCCCAACUAUUUUGGGCUAGUCCCUUCCACAACAGUUACUACAUUAUUGCUCCAGCUCAGACAAGGAUGCUGCAGAUUGUGGCAGCUGAUUAGUCUGACAGCUCCUUUCGUAGCUGCAGACAGCAAGAGAACCCAGAGCAAAGGCAUUUGAGGACAGGCUCAAACACACGCAAUACUUGACAUGUACUUAUAAAUUACUGGGAAUUGGUGAAGCCUGAAUCGUUCUUCUGCCUUUUUUUAGCCACCUCAGCCUGGUAAGACGGGUUUCAUCUGGCUGACUGCAAGUGUCUGUAUCUGAGGCAGGCAAUGGGAAGGAACAAGUCCCUUUAGAGAGCAGUUUGCCUCACCCUAUUGCCUAAAUAUAUGUAAUAAUAAAUAUGUAUUAUAUAUUAUAAUAAUAAAUAUAUUAUUAUGUAA